CGAGGACGGCGGCGAUCAUGAGCUCCUCCAGUCCAUGGCCUCCUCCAUCUCCCCGGCCAUCCCUCCUCACUGGCAGCAAGCAUGGGACAGCGCGCAACCACAACUUGCGCGAAUCAGAGAGUCGCUCGCUGCCUCUGCUGAGCCCUCACCACGCACCAUCCGCGUCGGCCAACUCGAUGCCGAGCUGCUUGACCAAGAACUGGUCCAACUGCUCAAGGACCCCCUAGUCAAGGCUCUGAGUCUCGUCAAUUCCUCCUGGAGAGCUCGGUUUGAGCCAGAGCUCGUCUUGCUCAUACAAGCCAUACUGUACAAGCUAUCGUUCUGGAACCUCGGGACAAGCUACGGAGCUAGGCUUCAGGGCCUCAAGUACGCAUACUCAGGACCAUCGAGUACCCGGAAAACUUCGUCCGGACUGCCGUACCAUGUACUACUGGCUCACGGCGGUCUGACCGUGUUGCUUCCAUACAUUCAUACCCGAAUACGCUCCCAUGCGCUAUCUCAAGCAUGGCCGGAUGCCCCAUCCUCCGACAGGCGGCGGAAGGCAUGGGAGCUACUCACUCGCCUGGAGUCCAUACACGGCCUACUAGGUUUCCUGAACUUUGUUGCGUUUCUGUGGAACGGUCGCUACCGCACCACCAUUGACAGACUACUGAGGUUAAGCCUGGAGCCGGCUCGCAGGCUGGCCAGGCGUGAGGUUUCAUACGAGUUCAUGAACCGCCAGAUGGUCUGGCAUGCUUUCACAGAAUUCCUGCUUUUCCUGCUACCUCUUGUCAAUACCCGCGCGCUACGCAGACGGCUCGCAAACCUACUGUCUAGUCUACCGUCUCCUGCGGCCAUCCUCCCGAGCCCCAUACGUUCACUUGCUGGCUUGUCUGCAUCCGCUGGCAAGGCCGAGGACCACUCUCGGCAGGGGAAAUACUGGGCGCUCCCGCUCGACCAAUGCGCCAUCUGCGCCGAGAACGCCUCCACGAACCUGUCCGAUCCCGCGAGUGCCCUAGAAUCAAGGGCCUCGAUACCAACAUACAGCACCGCCGCCUCAUCCUCAGCAGACGCGGGCUCGGCCUCAUCGCCCGCGGAGGUAUCAGGAUCAGAGGAUGCGCCACCAGCCCAUCCGAUCCACAACCCGUACGUCACCUCGUGCGGGCAUGUCUUCUGCUACUACUGCAUCUCCGAGCGGAUGAUGCGGGCUGCGGACGAGCACACGGGCGUUGGACCGGGUGGGCGGCAGUGGGAGUGCCUGAGGUGCGCGGAGGGCGUCGCGGGCGCGGAGAGGCUUAAGGCGCAGGCGGAGGGCCCGGAGUAUGAGAGCGGGGUGGAGGACUCGGAUAGCAGCCCGGAGUUUGGGAGCGAAGAUAUCGAUUAUAGCGAGAUGAGUGAGAGCGUGGGGACGUACAGCGAGAGUGGGUUGUCCGAAUAGAUACCUAAUUGCCCUUGUGUCUGCUUGCAAUGAGGCUUCGCGGGGAUCCCGGUCGUCUGUGAGUUAAACCGCUUUGUUGUAGCGGCGCUAACAUGAUAGCAGUGUCCUUCAUUGCAUCGUGAUUAACACCAGCAUAGCGGCACAUCCCUGUACGCAAUCCACUGGUAGCAAUGCCUCAACCAGUGAUACACACAAACCUGUCUUCGUUAGAGCAAAAUUCCGUUACGAUUGCAAUUGCAAAAGACGGCAUGCCAUGCGUACUCCUCCGGUUCUAGCCUCAUGGACACUCUAUCACACCUGGGCCACCCGUAAAACCAUGGAGCUAUGCACCGAAGGGAGCGGAUCUGUUCACUGCAAUAUCGGAGCGUUACGAAUGGAGAACCAU